CUGGUGGUGGGCUGCGGGAACUCGGAGCUGAGCGAGCAGAUGUACGAUGUGGGGAUGUGCGAGGACAUCGUGAACAUUGACAUCAGCGACGCAGUGAUCCGUCAGAUGCAAGAGCGGAGCGGGAGCAAGCGGCCGAAGAUGAGCUACCUGCUGAUGGACGUGCUUCAGAUGGACUUCCCUGACGCCCACUUCCAGGUGGUCCUGGACAAAGGCACGCUGGAUGCCGUCCUCACGGACGAAGAGGAGGCCACUCUAGCCAAGGUGGACAAGAUGUUUGCCGAGAUCAGCCGGGUCCUGCAGGUAGGAGGGCGCUACUUCUGCGUCUCCUUGGCUCAAACCCAUGUCCUGAAGAAAGCGGUGAAAUACUUCUCCCAGGAAGGCUGGGUUGUGCGUGUCCAUCAGGUGGCUGGCAGCGGGGACAAGCAGCAGUUUGUCCUACCAGUCUUCGUCUACGUCAUGACAAAGUUCAGGAAGAUCCCUGGCUCAGCACCGCAGAUCUUGGAGAUCUGCCCCGAGGAGCAGGACAAGCCGAUGCGGGUGGAGAGCGUGGAGCGGCUGGUGGCGGCAGUGAAGGACAGGCAGCAUUACGCCCUGCUCUGCAGCCAGCUGAGCAAAACCCCCUGCGGGGAGCAGGUUUCCCUGGAUCUGUGUGACAAAGAGAGCGGGAGGCCUCGCUACACGCUGCAUGUGGUUGACAGCCCCUCGGUAAAACCUUCCCGGGACAAUCACUUUGCCAUCUUCAUCAUCCCGCAGGGCAGAGAAACCGAGUGGCUCUUUGGGAUGGAGGAAGGGCGGAGGCAGCUGGCCACCAGCGCGGGCUUCGGGCGCCUGGUCACUGUGGCCCUGCACAGAGAGCAGCACUACGAGGGCAUGGCUGGCAUCCAGGCGGAGCUGUCAGGGAAGGUGAUGGAGCUGGCCCCGCCGGGCCUCCCUGCCCGGCAGCAGGUGCCCUUCCUGUCCGUGGGAGGGGACAUCGGGGUGCGGACAGUGCGGCACCGUGACACCAGCCCCCUGAGUGGGGAGUACGUCGUGGAGGACGUGAAGGGGGAUGGCACCUGCUACUUCCGCCGCCUCGUCUUCCUCUGUAACAGGAACGUGGUGCAGUCGGAGGCUCGGCUCCUGGCCCGCACGCCUCUCGCAGGCCAGAAGAAACGGAGGAAGGACAAGAAGAAACCUGGCCCCGCUGAGCCACCUGCAGCCAUUGACAAGAGCUACCUGUGUUGCGAGCACCACAAGGCCAUGGUCGCGGGGCUCUGCCUGCUGGGGGGCCCCGACCCCGUCCCAGGAGCCCUGCUGGCGGUGCUGGUGGUGGGACUCGGUGGGGGCAGCCUGCCCCUCUUUGUCCACGACUACUUCUCGCAGGCCCACGUGGCCGUGGUGGAGAUUGACCCCUCCAUGCUGGAGGUGGCCACGCGCUGGUUCGGCUUCUCCCAGGGCGACCGGAUGCGGGUGCACAUCUCUGAUGGCCUGGACUACGUGGCCAAGCUGGCAGCUGAAGCCCCAGCCCAGUACGACGCCAUCAUGUUUGAUGUGGACAGCAAAGACCUCACGGUGGGGAUGAGCUGCCCGCCCCCAGCCUUCGUGGAAAAGCCCUUUCUGCAGAAAGUUAAAACCAUCCUCAAGCCAGAAGGAGUCUUCGUGCUCAACUUGGUGUGCCGCGACACCCAGCUGAAAGAGUCUGUCCUGGCGACCCUCAGGGAGGUCUUCCCGCUGCUCUAUGCACGCUGCAUUGAAGGGGAGGUCAACGAGAUCCUGUUCUGCCAGCCCAGCCCCGAGGGCCGUCAGGACCCCACAGAGCUGGGGGCACGUGCCCAGGCACUGGAGGGGGCCCUGCGGCAGCCUGGGCGCCCCUGGGACAGCUCGUACGUGCUGGCAGACAUGCUGCAGGCUGUCAAGAUCCUCUGAGAGGGGCUCCGAUGCCACUUGAACGAGGGAGGUCCUCGCGUGGAUGCUGUGGCCCCGCAGUGGAGGGGUGCCCAUGGCUGGGACUGCUGCCCCUGGGGGGCCGGUUCUGGCCUGGGUCUGCCUGAA